AUGAAAUUGGAUACUGUUUUUAAAUUGCUCCUAGUUGUAGUUAUCCUCUUCACAGUGCAACAAAUAUGUCCUCUACAUGAGGUGCAUAGGAAGUUGCAAAAUGGAACCUUGGUGUCCUGGGUGAAGGAUGCAUUGAGAAAACUCUCUUCCCACUUUUGUUUUAAGAGCAUCAAAAGGGAUAUGGAGAUAUUUUACCGUGACAAGGAUAUAGUGCCGAGGCCUUGUUAUUUUUUAUUUUUCAUCGUUAGCGGUUGCCUGACCCUGGGGGCCAAGUGGUUGAUGCACAGGAUUUCACACCCACUGGGAGAAGCCUGGAUCCCCCGCAAAAAAUGGAGCGAACGCAUACGCAAGAUCAAGGUAGCCAGGUUCAACCUGAUGUUCUUCAACCUGUUUUACUUCACCCUCAUCAGCGCACUCGGUUUUGUGGCGCUCAGGUGCCAGACGUUCUUCCCGCACGAAAUGGGAGGCCAGGGCAAGCUCAGCGAUUACUUUGCAGGCUACCCGAAGCAGAAAACGUCUAGUCUUAUACACUUAUAUUACUUCCUAAAUGGAGGGUACCUGCUCACGUCUGUGUAUUCCCUACUCAUGGCUGAGAAGUUGCCCGACUUUUAUGAAAACUUCCUGCAACACCUGUGUGCUGUUAUCCUGGUUUACUUUUCCUACGGGCAGAACUUCCUCCGUGUUGGGUCCAUCAUCAUGCUCUGUCACGACAUAUGCGAGGUUUUUUCGUCCGCGUGCCGCGUCUUUGUCGACACAAGACACAAAGUUGUGACCGUAAGCUCCUUCUGCAUCCUUUUCUCAAGCUGGGGGCUCCUCCGCCUGUACAUUUUCGCCAAGAGGUGUAUACUACCAGUCCACAGAAACCUCCACAUGCUUAAUCCCCUGAUUGGAUACGAAGCCUGCGUGUGGCUAACAUUUCUGCUCCUGGUUAUUCUCUUAAUGAAUGCUUAUUGGUUUGUUCUAAUGGCAAAAAUGUUUAUUCAUUUCGUUGCGAGUGGCAAAACGGAGGAUAUUUUGACGCGGGUGGACGAGCUGGAGGAGGGGGAGAAGAAGGUAAAGUGA